AUGACUACUAGAGUCGAGGAUGACAAAAUUGGGCCCGGAGUGGAACUCCGGGAUCCCGUCCGCUUGCAGCUACUCAAAAACUUGCAAGACAUUGUGGGCCAAGUCCCGCAGAAAGCCCAGGCGACAUUUCUCCUGUGUGAUAUUCAGUAUCUACAAGAGUUAUGCGAAUCUUUCGUCAAUCGUGUUGCGUUCGACACUUUUCAGCAAGCCUUUUCCAGCUCAAGAGUGGAUGAAAUUGUGACCAAAUGGUGUCAAUUAUCCCGUCAGCGUUCCACUCCCUCCAUUAGCCAAUCAAUCCCGCUAUCAGAACAGGCUGCAGAAGCUCAAACUUCUAACCAAAAACGGAAAAGGUCUGACACUCAAAGCUCCGUAUACCGUCAAAGACGAUUGAAAAAUGUUAGUGAUGAGUGUAAGAACCGAGACUCUCACAGAUGCGUUAUCACCAAACUGGCAGGGCCAAUAGACGCUGCGCAUAUCAUUCCUUUUUCUCUGAACCAACAGGACCGGCGAGCAAGCUUUUUCAACUUGCUUAAAGUUUUAUGGUCACAACGGAUCGAGAAAUGGGAAACGAUGCUUUGUAAUGGCACUGAAUUUCUUGAGAAUAUGAUCUCCUUUACGCCAACACUCCACCGAUGCCACUCAGCUGGACUGUUUGGCCUUCAACCUAUUGAAGCCUCUUCGGAUCGUAAAUCACUCAAACUUAAGUUUUACUGGCUCCCGAAACGCGAAAGCCUCGGCAAUACAAUGACUGAUAUCACAGAUAUACCAACCCUUCCUGAUGAUGUUGAGUUGGAAGAUAUGAAAAUAUUCAACGGCAGGGAUGGGCACAGGAUCAAGUCCGGUGAAGUAAUAGAACUUACAACAUUAGAUCCUGAAAGAUGGCCACUGCCAAAUUGGGAACUACUGGAAAUGCAAUGGGUACUACAACGUCUGACAGCAUUGAGGGGAGCGGCAGGUUUGCCUGAUAUGGUUUUUCAUGAUGAGUUUGAAAGCUCAUCAAGUCUUGAGUGUUCUGACUAUGGAAUGAAAAAUAGGAAUCUUUUUGCUAUGAAUUUGGAUCAUUACGUACCGGAUGAAAAGUCUGAUAUGAAUAGUAGCAUUAACAAGUGGCUUGAUGCACAGGCAGCAGCACAGCAGAUUGAGUUCUAG